GGCGGGAUCAUCGGCGAUGCGAGUAAUCAGGGGACGGGAAUAACAAUUUCUCUCUCCCCCUUAUAUUCAAGAACCUGCAGUUCUCCUGUAACGAUGACGGGAACAAACCUAUUGGCAAUAUGACGACGCAGGGCGCCCAUGAACCUCAAAACGGGGGCGGUCUCGAGUUUGAGCUUGCGCGUCUCGAAAAUGGAGCCCAGAGACCCAAGUCGCCAUCCAUCACCGACCCUGAGACUGCCGCGAGCAACUCGCAGGAUCAUGAUCAGGAGCAUGGGAAUGAGCAGACGCCCGCGGCUUGGAACUGGGACGAGGACCCUUAUAAUCCAUACAACUGGCCGAAUAAGAAGAAGCUACUUCAGCUGUUCAUGCUAUCCACUGCUGCAUUCACUGCGUCCAUCGGAACAUCCCUCCCAAGCUCCGCACAUUCCGAGUUCCAGCACGAGUUCGGCGUCACAACCACCCAGUCCAUACUGCCGGUAUCAAUGUAUGUUUUCGCCUUGGGCCUCGGACCUGUCGUAGGAGGGCCAUUGUCAGAGACGAUGGGCAGAUACCCUGUCUACCUCAUGAGCAUGCCGUUAGGAGCACUCUUCACCCUGGGUGCUGGGUUUACCAACAACUUCGGAGCCUUGUGUUUUCUGCGCUUUCUCGCCGGAUUCUGGUUCUCCCCCAGCCUCGCACUUGCACCGGGGACCAUCACUGAGACGUACAAACCCGCUCAACGCGCCAUCCCUUCGACCAUCUUUAUCUUGAUGCCAUUUCUGGGCCCGGGACUUGGACCUGUCAUAGGCUCUUUCGUCGUCAAUAGGAAAGGCUGGCGCUGGACCCAAUGGACUCUGAUCUUUUUUGCCACCGUCGCCAUUCUCGCCGCUCUUGCCGCUGGGGAAACCUACCACCCAAUCCUGAAGCGCCGCCGGGCGAAGCAGCUCGGCCUGCCCGUGCCAAAACAGCAACCCCUGAAAUCUCGUGUCGGCAUGUUCCUCACCAUCGCUCUCAUACGCCCCCUUCACAUGAUGGUCACAGAACCCAUCGUGGGGCUCAUCUGCCUCUACGUCGCCUGCGAAUUUGCCACCCUCUUUACAUUCUUUGCCGCCGUUCCCUUCAUCUUCUCGUCUGUUUACGGCUUCGGCAUCGAGCAGCAGGGGUUGGUUUUCAUCUCGAUCGUCGUGGGAUGUUUCCUUGGUGCGCUCACCGUCCUGAUCUGCAACGUCCUUCUCUAUCUCCCACAAUCCAGGAGGCACCUGUCGCACAAGACGCCUCCAGAGUACCGUCUAUACCCGGCCAUGAUCGGCAGCAUCGGGUUGCCUCUGGGACUCUUCUGGUUGGCCUGGACAGCGAGGAGCGACAUAAGCUGGGCGAGCCCUGCUGUAGCCAUUGUGCCGUUCGCCUGGGGGAACCUCUGCGUGUUCGUAAGCACCAUACAGUAUACAUCUGACGUAUACCAUGGGUCGACAGUCGCCAGUGCUGCCAGCGCGAAUAGCUUCGCGCGUUACGGGCUGGCCGGUGCAUUUCCCCUCUUCACCAUUCAAAUGUAUACCACGCUAGGCAUUGGAUGGGCAACUAGCUUGCUUGGAUUUAUUGCCGUGGCUCUCAUGCCAGUUCCUUGGGCCUUUUUUCGAUGGGGGAAGGGACUCAGAGCCAGGAGCAAGUAUGAGACGGCAGAUGUGUAAAUAGCUCUGAUGGUGAGAGUUUCAGCUCUGCUCUGUCUCUUCCAGCUUAAGCAUGAGGCAACGUUUAAUACCCAAGCCCUACUCUUGCCAGGUACUCUUCCCAUAAGUCUGUACUGUACAUUUACAAGGAGGCCUCACGCUACCAUAGACGACCAGGAACAAAUGAAUUAUCAGGGACCAACUUCACGGCGCCCUUGACAGGAGGUCUUCGAAAUUUGCCAAUCACGCCAGGCGCAGGCCCAGCCCCUA